AAGCAAAGAACUGAAAGAAACAAGAGGGAGAGAAGAAGUGAACAUUUUUGAAAGAUCACUCAGCCCUAACACACCUUGGCUGGGUCUGGAUAAAAAAAAGUGGAAACGGCAAACGUCUAGAAGAAAGCGUCAGAGGAAGAAAGAGAGAGGGGGCAUUUAUUCAAAGCUGUUUCCAGUUCCCUUCAACAUCUCAAACUAAGUGGCUAUGGUAUGGAUGUAACCAAGAAAAACAAACGAGAUGGCACUGAAGUCACUGAAAGAAUUAUCACGGAAACAGUAACUACAAGACUUACGUCCUUACCACCAAAAGGAGGGACCAGCAAUGGCUAUGCUAAAGCAGGCUCUCUUGGUGGAGGGAGCCGGCUGGAGAAACAGAGCCUGAUGCACGGCAGCAGCGGCUGCAUCAGCUCAGGUGGAAGCACACGAGGCAAUGCCUCCACGUCUAGUUACAGGAGGGCUCCUUCACCUGCCUCCACUCUGCCCAAUUCACCAGGCUCAACCUUUGAGAGGAAGACUCACAUCACCCGCCAUGGAACAUAUGAAGGGAGCUCCAGCGGCAACUCUUCCCCAGAGUACCCUCGUAAGGAAUUCGCAUCUUCUUCAACCAGAGGACGGAGCCAGACACGAGAGAGUGAGAUCCGAGUGCGACUGCAGAGUGCAUCCCCAUCGACCCGAUGGACAGAAUUGGAUGACGUUAAGCGUUUGCUCAAGGGAAGCCGAUCAGCCAGUGUGAGCCCCACUCGGAAUUCUUCCAACACACUCCCCAUCCCCAAGAAGGGCACGGUGGAGACCAAAGUGGUGACAGCGAGCUCCCAGUCAGUGUCUGGGACCUACGAUACCACCAUCCUGGAUGCCAACCUUCCCUCCCACGUGUGGUCCUCCACGUUGCCAGCCGGGUCCUCCAUGGGCACCUACCACAACAACAUGAUGACCCAGAGCUCGUCCCUGCUCAACACCAACGCCUAUUCUGCAGGAUCAGUCUUUGGAGUUCCAAAUAACAUGGCAUCCUGCUCCCCUACCCUGCACCCUGGAAUCAGCAGCUGCUCCUCAGUGUUUGGCAUGCAGAACAAUCUGGCCCCCAGCUCAUCUGCCCUGUCCCAUGGCACGGCCACCACCUCCACAGCAUAUAGUGUGAAGAAAAACAUGCCCCAGAGCCCUGCCGUGGUGAGCACCGGGGUGUCCACCUCCAAGGCCAGCACCACAAAUGUCCAGAAUGAUGACCUCUUGCACAAAGACUGUAAAUUCCUGAUCCUGGAGAAAGACAAUGUGCCCGCCAAGAAGGAGAUGGAGCUGCUGAUCAUGACUAAGGACAGCGGGAAGGUCUUUACCGCCUCCCCCGCCAGCGUCACUGCAACUUCUUUUUCAGAGGACACCCUGAAAAAGGAAAAGCAAGCUGCCUAUACCGCGGACACCCACCUACUGUCAGAAGCUAAUGGAGAAUUGAAGACUGUGUCUGCAAAGGGCAAGGCUGCCUCUGCAGACAUCCACGGCUAUGACCACCGCCGAGGCGGUGGCGGAGGCGGUGGCGGAGGCUUUGGCGGCAGCACUGGCGUUGGCGGUGUUGGCAGUGGAGGCAAGGGCUCGUGGGGGGCAGCGCCAGCCUGGUGCCCCUGUGGUUCAUGGUGCAGCUGGUGGAAGUGGCUGCUGGGCCUGCUGCUCACCUGGCUGCUGCUCUUGGGACUGCUCUUUGGCCUCAUUGCUCUGGCCGAGGAGGUGAGGAAGUUGAAAGCACGGGUGGAUGAGCUGGAAAACAUCGGGAGCAGCCUGGUGCUUUACAACAAGAAGAUGGAGAGCAGAAAGCAGGACCCCCUGCAGGGUGUCAACCCCGAUCUGACAGCGAAUGUGGGGACAUCUAGGCUUGGAGACUACAGCCAGGAGGAACUCUGGCAGUUCGUGAGGGGCAAGCUGAUGAUGGAACAGGAAAACGGGAAUCUCCGAGGAAGCCCUGGCCCUAAAGGUGACAUGGGAAGUCAAGGCCCUAAAGGAGAUCGAGGCUUCCCUGGGACUCCAGGUAUCCCCGGGCUUUUGGGCCACCCAGGUCCAGAAGGACCAAAGGGACAAAAAGGCAGCGUGGGAGAGCCCGGCAUGGAGGGACCCAUGGGCCAGAGGGGGCGAGAAGGCCCCAUGGGACCUCGUGGUGAACCAGGGCCCCCUGGGUCUGGAGAGAAAGGAGACAGAGGGGCUGCUGGUCAACCGGGUAUUCAAGGUCCACCUGGUGUCCCUGGUUCUGUGGGUCCCAAAGGUUCCAGCGGCUCUCCUGGCCCACAGGGUCCCCCAGGCUCCAUAGGUCCCCAAGGACUCCGAGGCGAAGUGGGACUCCCUGGUAUCAAAGGUGACAAAGGGCCUAUGGGACCACAAGGACCCAAAGGUGACCAGGGUGAGAAAGGACCUCGAGGCCUCACAGGUGAGCCCGGCUUGAAAGGUUUGCCUGGUGCUAUGGGCGAGCCCGGUGCUAAAGGAGCAAUGGGACCUGCUGGCCCUGAUGGACACCAAGGCCCAAGAGGGGAACAAGGUCUUCCAGGGAUGCCCGGAACCCGAGGCUUACCAGGACCUUCUGGAGAUCCAGGAAAGCCAGGUCUCACGGGACCCCAGGGACCUCAGGGUCUUCCUGGUACCCCCGGACGACCAGGGGCUAAAGGUGAACCAGGAACUCCAGGCAGGAUCAUGAAUUCAGAGGGAUCAUCAACGCUCACUGUCCCAGGCCCUCCAGGACCUCCUGGAGCCAUGGGACCUCCAGGACCUCCAGGUGCCCCAGGCCCUGUCGGCCCAGCUGGUCUCCCAGGACAGCAAGGCCCGAGAGGGGAGCCAGGACUUGCUGGCGAAUCGUUCUUGAGCAGUGGCAGCUCCAUCUCUGAGGUCCUCUCUACCCAGGGUCUUGAUUUACGAGGUCCCCCAGGCCCACCUGGACCACCUGGGCCACCAGGACUGUCCAUUCCAGGCCCCCCAGGCCCCCGAGGCCCAGCAGGGGAAGGCUUGCCAGGCCCACCAGGCCCACCAGGCCCACCAGGAUCUCUCCGGACCAGCUCAGAGAACUUCUUCUCUGGCCCUCCAGGCCCACCUGGCCCCCCAGGCCCCAAGGGAGACCAAGGUCCCCCAGGUCCCCGAGGACACCAAGGCGAGCGAGGCCUUCCAGGGUUCUCAACCUCGGGCUCCGGUUCUCUUGGACUCAAUCUGCAAGGACCACCAGGCCCACCUGGCCCUCAGGGACCCAAGGGUGACAAAGGUGAUCCUGGAGUCCCAGGGGCUCCUGGCAUUCCUGGUGGUCCCUCUCGAGGGGGUUCGUCAUCAAACACCAUGUUCAUGCCGGGCCCACCAGGCCCUCCAGGGCCCCCUGGGCCUCCAGGCUCCAUCAGCAGCUCUGGCCUGGAGAUUCAGCAGUACAUCUCUGACUACAUGCAGAGUGACAGUAUUAGGUCUUAUCUAUCUGGAAUUCAGGGACCCCCGGGCCCACCCGGUCCCCCUGGGCCUGUCUCCACCAUCACGGGUGAGACUUUCAACUACUCGGAGCUGGCCAGCCUCGUCGUGAGCUACUUACAGAGUUCCGGGUACAGCAUCAGCACGUCCUCUGCCUCCAUCUCUUCUGAAGACAUCCUGGCUGCGCUCCAGCGGGACGAGGUGCAGCAGUACCUACGUCAGGUCCUGAUGGGCCUUCCGCGGCCCCCAGGCACCGGUGGAGAUUGGUCCCUCCAGUCUUUGGACUACGCGGAGCUGAGCAGCCGCAUCCUGAGCUACAUGUCCAGCACUGGAGUCAGCAUUGGGCUUCCUGGCCCCCCAGGGCCCCCGGGCUUGCCGGGGACGUCCUAUGAGGAGCUCCUCUCCUUGCUCCAAGGGUCUGAAUUCAGAGGCAUCGUUGGGCCCCCAGGCCCCCCUGGGCCACCAGGGAUCCCAGGCAGUGCGUGGUCCAGCAUCAGCGUGGAGGACCUCUCGUCUUACCUGCAGACUGCCGGCUUGUCAUCUAUCCCAGGCCCCCCAGGCCCUCCAGGUCCCCCAGGCCCUCGAGGGCCUCCGGGUGUCUCAGCAGCUCUGGCGACCUACGCAGCUGAAAACAGCGACAGCUUCCGGAGUGAGCUGAUCAGCUACCUCACAAGUCCUGAUGUGCGCAGCUUUAUCAUCGGCCCCCCAGGCCCGCCCGGGCCCCAGGGCCCCCCAGGGGACAGCCGCCUGGUGUCCAUGGACAGCUCCUACAGCCGAGGCAGCAGCUCCUCCUCGUCCUCCUCCUACAGCUCGUCCAUGGGCAUAGGAGGAGCCAGCGGAGGCUCCCUGGGCGAAGGGGGAGCCUUCGGUCUGGACCUGGGCCUGGGCCGAGGCUACGGGGCAGCAGCAGAAGGCGGCACGUUUGGUGGCGAGGGUGUAUCGUUUGGAGCUGGCUUUGCUGGAGGUCUGGACUACAACGAGCUGGCCGUUCGGGUGUCCGAGAGCAUGCAGCGUCAGGGCCUGCUCCAGGGAAUGGCCUACACGGUGCAGGGCCCACCAGGCCAGCCUGGGCCCCAAGGGCCCCCUGGCAUCAGCAAGGUCUUCUCUACCUACAGCAACAUGACCGAGGACCUCAUGGACUUUUUCCGAACUUACGGAGCUAUUCCAGGACCCCCUGGACAAAAGGGAGAGGUGGGCUUCCCUGGACCCAAAGGUGAGAGGGGCCCUGCUGGACCACCAGGUCGGCCUGGGCCACCCGGCCCUCGAGGGCACAAAGGAGAAAAAGGAGACAAAGGUGACCAAGUCUAUGCUGGGCGGAGAAGGAGAAGCACUGCUGUCAAGCCAUGAGUGAGCCUUGGCAGAACAGCCCUCUGGACCAGUUCUUGCAGUGGCUUAUGGCACUUAGGUCAAAAUCUCUCCAGAGGGUAAAAGCUGGAGUCUCACUGUCCUACUGAAACAGCACAGCAAGUAGUCAACUAGGGCCCUGUCUUAGUCUGGCACAAUAUAUAUAUGUAUGUAGAAUUCAUUCCAAGACACAGUCUGCGACAGCUUCACGGGGUGGGCUCAAGCGGCUGCAGGGUUGCAGAAUGAGAUGGCCUCCCCGCCUCCAAGCCUGAGCCCUCCGCUUAUUCAACCCUGACCUAAGGAAGCCAGUUACGUGAAAGUUGGCUCAGGAGUCCUUGAGCUUUGCCUAAAAAUGAGCCCAGAAAAUGGAAGACGGGAUGCAAGCCCCAGGGGGUCUUCCUGGGGUGACACUCAGUGGGGCUGUUCUGGUGAACACAACAAGGCUGUGCUCUUGGCUCCUCCCUCCGCAUUCUCUCUAUAGUCAUAGGAAAGAGCUGGCUAAGAAGCAACUCUCGCAACUGAAAAAACUAAGAAAUCCACUUCCCUUGGAAGGUGGUGACAGGGUCUCUACUAGUUAUUUCUCAAUAUCUAUCACAUUCCCACUUGCUUAGAAGUUUGAUUGCAGCUAGGCUCUGCGUCCAUAGGUCCGUGCUAGAGUUGAUAAAUACGGUACACUGAACUAGGUUGCAGCCAAUAGGAAAAGGGCAGUUGGACAAGGAAGAAUGAAGGGGAGAGGAGAGAGAGCAGAAUGCCUGACACCCCUGCCCUGCACUUAGGAAAUGCAUAGGGGACUGGGCACAGUUAGUUUUUAGGCACUUUUCAAUGUCUACAAACGUUUAUGUGGUCUGUUAGAUGAAGAGUCAUUUCAACUGCAAAAUUUCCAAUUAAAAGUUUUUUUCUUCUUUUUUAA